AUGGCCGGCAAGUUCCCGUCGGACCACCUCAGCGCUGCCCUCCUCCGGGAGACGGACCCGGCCGCCGCGCUCCGCCUCUUCCUUAACCCGCCGAACGCCACGCUUUCCGCCCCAUUCAGCUACUCCCUCCGCUGCUACGACCUCAUCAUCUCCAAGCUUGCCGCCGCGCGCCUCUUCUCCGCCAUGGAGUCCAUCCUCUCCUGCCUCCCGCCCGCCGUCCCCUCCUCCGGUACUGGACCUCGAGAGCACCUCCUCUGCCAAGUCAUCUCCGCCUACGGCCGCGCCCGCCUCCCUGCCGCCGCGCGCCGCACCUUCGCUCACCCGGCCUUCCCCGAGCCCCGCACAGCCCAUGCCGUCAACACCCUCCUCACCGCCCUGCUCGCCUGCCGCUCCCCCCUGCGCGACCUCCUUGCAGUCUGCCGCGACGCCGGUAUCUCACCCAACGAGUGCACCUAUAACAUCCUCAUGCGAGCGGCGGCAGCGGCGGGCUCCCUCGAGCACGUGCGCCACCUGUUCGACGAAAUGCUGCUUAUGGGAGUCUCGCCAACUGUCACCACGUUCGGCAUCAUGGUCGCUGCACUAUGCGACGCUGACAAACUGGAACAAGCAUUCGAGGUGAAGGAGGCCAUGGUUAGGCGGUACAACGUGUCGCCAAAUGCUUCUUUGUAUGCCAGUCUCAUCAAGGGGCUCUGCCAGAGACAGAAGGUAGAUGCUGCAAUGAGGCUCAAGGAUGAGAUGGCCGGGAACGCAGAACUUGUGCGAGUUUCAGCUGUUUAUGGUACGCUUGUACGGGCAUUGUUCCAGGUAGGGCGCAAAGAUGAGGUAGUUGGAUUGCUGAAGGAGAUGAAAGAGAGGGAGAUCGUGCCUCAUAGGGUGGUGUUCAAUGCCAUGAUUGCCGGUUUGUGUGAGGAUGAGAGAGAUCCUGGUGCUGCAUUGGCUGUGCUUGAUGACAUGCAGAAGAAGCAUGGGUGCAAGCCGGAUGGGGUGAGCUAUAGUACGUUGGUUGCGGGUCUGUGCAAGCUGGGCAAGUGGCGGGAUGCGAUUGAAUUAGUCAAGGACAUGCCAAGGCGGGGCUUCCCUCCGGAUGUGGUGACCUACAGAAUGCUCUUCGAUGGGUUGUGUGCUGCUGGUGAGUUUCAUGAGGCAAACAAGGUUUUGGGUGACAUGACUGUCAAGGGUUUUGCACCAAGAAUGGAUGGCGCAAGGAAGUUUGUUGAGGGGGUUGAGAAGGAAGGAGAUGCAUUGUUGCUGGAGGUGUUGUGCAGUCUGGCGAAGGUGAAUGCUCUGGAGUCAGGUGGAUGGGAGAAAGCUGUGGGUGGUGUGUUCAAUGAUCGUGGAAAGUUGAGGUUAGAGAAGCAGCUAGAGUCUAUAAGGUUUACUUGA